AUGCUGCUGAGAGACCCCAGCAAGGUCACACUCGGAGCAGGGCUGAGCUCAUGUUCUGUCCCUGCAGUGGUGACAGGGUAGGGGUCAUCCCUAGUGUAGGACGGUGGGUUCCCGACUCCUUGUGCCCGGCACGGUGUGGCUCUGGCACCGGCAGCGUACAGCAAGGGAGGGCAGAGCCAGGGUCUCUCCAGCCGCUCUCCCUGCGAUGGUUCCUUCCCGGCCAGGAGCCCGUGGGCCGGACCAGUGGCGAGCCGGGCCGGAUGGGCGGCACGGCAGGGCCAGAGCCCGGGGAGCCCCGGGGCGGCUGAGCUGGCCCAUGGCGGCGGGCGCGGGCGCCUUCGCGUGGGCCACCUUCCCCGCCAUGCCCACGCGGCGCGUGUACUGCAGCGCCGCGCACCGCGACGGGCAGCUCUUCGUGCUGGGCGGCUGCGGGGGCGGCGGGCGAGCCCUGGCAACUGCCGAGGUGCUCGACCUCCAAGCCCAGCGCUGGACCACGCUCCCACCGCUGCCCACGCCGCGGGCUGGCGCUGCCGUCCUCGCCCUGGGCAAGCAGAUAUUGGUGGUGGGUGGUGUGGAUGCGGCACAGAGCCCCCUCGCCUCCGUUGAGGUCUACCACGUGGAUGAGGGCAAAUGGGAGAAGAAGGCGGCGUUGGCUCAGCCCUCCAUGGGCAUCUCAGCUGUGCAGAGAGAUGGGGCUGUCUACGCACUGGGGGGAAUGGGUGCGGACACCUCUCCCCAGGCUCUGGUCCGUGUCUAUGAGCCGGCAAAGGACCACUGGCAGCCCCUGCCCUCCAUGCCCACACCAUGUUACGGGGCCUCUGCCUUCCUGCAGGGAAACAAGAUCUUCGUCCUGGGAGGCCGGCAAGGCAAGCUGCCUGUCACCGCCUUCGAGGCUUUUGACCUGGAGACGAGGAGCUGGACACGCUACCCCAGCGUGCCCAGCCGCCGCGCCUUCGCCGCCUGCGCCAUGGCUGAUGGAGUUGUCUUCAGCCUGGGUGGGCUGCAGCAGCCAGGGCCCCACAACUUCUAUUCCCGUCCCCAUUUUGUCAACACCGUGGAGAUGUUUGAUCCUGCACAGGGUGUGUGGAGAAAGCCAAGCCGCACCAUCCGUAUGAAAGAGAAGAGAGCUGACUUCGUGGCUGGAUGCCUGGGAGGAAGAGUGGUGGCUGUGGGUGGCCUCGGUAAUGCUGGGGGGAACCAGUCCUGCCCGCUGGACUCAGUGGAAGGGUUCAGCCUCUCGCAGAAAAAGUGGGAGCCGCUGCCCCCCAUGCCCACUGGCCGCUGCUCCUGCUCCAGCUGCCCAGCACCCAGCCUGCUCUUCAUCAUCGGCGGUGUGGCACAAGGUCCCAGUGGCGCUGUUGAGGCUCUGUGCCUGCGUGAUGUGCCCUGAGUGGGACCCCGGGGACCAGCCCUGGCCAAGCACCAAGUGCCUGAAGACGGGGACAGGGUGUGUGAGCACCCAUGUGUUCACCCAGGGUGACCUGUCUCUGUCCCAUGAUGCCAGGCACCAGAGCAGCUGUGGGUUUGGGAACUCCCAGCUCCUGCAGCGCUGUGGCAGUGAAGCCCAGGGCAAACUCCUGCCUGGUGGGAUGGCCAUCGGCAGCAGCGUGGAGGGAGCAGCGGUGGCAGGGCUGCCACUGGCCUCACUGCCCUGUCCGGCCCCAUCUGUGCCACGGCGUAGCUGUGCCGUGUGUGUAGCAGUGAGUGCUGUGUCGUCGUAGACCCAGUCGAUGUCUCAUGUAGCACAGAGGUGCCCUGUAGCUCAGUGCCUGGGAGGUGACCUAGCACCUCAAAUAAAUGAAACAUGUGGAAUUUUA